AUUAUAUUUAUUUUCAGCAAGUACCAGGCACGUAGCAAACACGGACUAGUCAGCGUGUGUCGUGAACCUUCAGAAUCUGCUGUGGUUUUUGUAAACCUGGUUUGGAUCAGUAACGUGAGUCGGGAUGAAGCCGCCUCCUCGCACGCGAACUAAACCAGAUCGCAACCUAAAACCUGAAUCGGCACCGCAGCGUUCAGGCAAAGUUGUUUGUAAGUGGCAGCAAGCGGAACAGAAGAAGCUCCUGAAUGCUCUGAAAAGACUCAGCAGGACCGCCGACGGCGACGAAGACGUCGAUUACGCUUUCCUGAGAAAAUGCGUGCCGACUAGAUCCAUGUCAGAGAUCCACUCUGUGGUGGAAUCGCUGAAGAUCAAAGUGAUUUCAUGUGCAAGCUUCAAGCUGAAGAAGAAGAGAUUGGAGGAGAAGAGUGUCAGAAAGCCCAUCGAGGUGUGGACACAGAUGGCUUCUGCUGUGGCUGGAACCCUUGAAGAACCCAUUUCCACUGCUUUCUCUCAGAUGCUGAUAGUCUCUUCCACAGAGCCUCGCACCCUGAGGAACUGUGACCCUCCACAGGUCCACAGACCACCCACAGACAAAGACAGGUCUAUUGGUCGAACCGUGCCUUUGAGACCAAUGCCUCGUUUGCCAGUCCAAGGAUUGCAUCCUUGCUCCAACAAAGCCCAGCCUGUCCAUGUAGUGAAGACUCCAGCACCAACCAUGGGCCCAGCGGUUGGAGUGCCAAACAGCAAAAUCCCUCCACCCCAGCAACAGCUUUCUACCACCGCUGCAACCGAUGCCAACUCCACCUCUCAGUCUGCUGCCACCUCCUGUCAGCCAGAUGCAGCAAGAAUACUCGUUGUACCUUUUACACCCCCCCAGCCUGCCUCACAGACUGUGACUCCAGUUGCAGGACAAUUCAGAACCAGCUCUAGCUCUGCAGCAGUGGUAAAGACUCAGAGUAUUGGUAGUUCUGUAAUCCAGACUAUCAAGAAGCCCUCAGAGGAACACCCCAUCACCAUCUCCACCACCUGUACUUCAAAGUGUGCUUCAUCCAGUCCCCGCACGCAUCUGGUCUCCUCUGUAGCCCAUCUAACUCCAGUCCUCAGUUCUACACCAUCCUCUGCUGCCUCUUUCAGUUCAGCCAACUCCACGCUGCCACUGUCCACACCUGCGGCUGCAUUUCAUGCCAGGUUUGGUCGCACCAGCAAAUACGCCACAAAAGACAGUCCCAGGAUGGUUGGUGUCAAGUGUGUAGUGGACUUUGAGAGGAUCUAUCGCUACCUGAGUGUCAUCCACAAGCCGAAUGAGGAGUGUAAUCUCACCCCCAUGGAGAGCGCCAUUGUUUUGGAUCUGUUGAUGUCUCUCCCAGAGGAGCUUCCCCUGCUGGACUGCAACCAACUCCACAAACAUCUGAUCGAGGUGUACCAAUGGCUCUCAUCCCCUGCUGACUCCAAGAUUGCAAGAGAAAUGUUUAAAGACCCGAAGGAUGGACUCCAAGCACCAAGCGAUCAAGACAGCAACAGAACAAACAGUCAGCAGAACACUGCAGGGACUGCUGACCAUCGUGAUGCCACAGACACUGGAGGAAAGAAACUGCAGCCAGAUGAAGCUGAGAGCCAGUCAUCAGGGAACAAUAACAUAUCCAGCCAAUCCGGGGACACAGACGUCAUGGAACUCUGCCCCCCCCUCAACCCUUUUAGGAUGCCACUGAAACUGUUGAUGCGCAGAUAGGUCAGGGUUUACAAUUUAGAGUUAAGCACCUAAUUAUUUGGUGAGGUUUGUCUGAGGUUCCAGUACCCACCAGAAUCUCAAAUAUUGAAAGUUUCAUUAUUUUGUUCACUGAUAAAUCUGCAGAUUAUUUUGUUGAUUAAUCAUUUGGAUUCUAAAAUGUCCAACCAACAGUUCAGAGGAUCUCAGUUUACUGCAGCUGAACACCAGCAAUAUUCACAUGUCAAAAGUCAGUGAAGGUUUUUGUGAACUUUUGUGUUCUUACUUUAAAAAUACUAUUAUUUGAUUGUCAGACUAGUUGCCAGUUUCACCUUGAUUUGACUAAUUAUUUCAGCUCUAGUUUGUCAGAAAUACUUGAUUAUAUUUCUCUGAUUAUAUUUUUUUCUAACACCUUAAAUUAAGGUGUUAAAAAAUGUUUGCUUGGCUAACAGUAGAGUAAUCCAAUCCUAAAAGGUUGUGAUGAUAUGUGCAGUAGUUCAGUGGUAUUGUGAGACCAAAUGUCCUUCUAGAGGAAGAAGGCAGGCAAGUUGGAAGGUGAAGGUGUUUAUGCUAAGUACUUUUUUUUACAACCUAUUCUGUCGUGUAGCAAAGACUGCAUAGUACUGAAAACUGGCGUUGAAUGCCUGGUCAGAUUCAGAUCAGAUCAGAGAGCUCCUGUUUUACACAGAAAAAUGACACUUUAACCAAGGAAGAUUUAAAAGACCUAAAAUAAAAAAUAAAGAAAUAAAAUUAAAUAUAAUACACAUUGCACUGUCCUAUAUGUUUCCUGUUUAAGUAUGCAUUUAACUGUGUUGAUGAAAAAUAAUUCAUUCAAGCUGCUCUAAAUCAGAGAGCUCCAAAAUCACUAUUCACCACUGUACUACAACUAUAGACCAAUAUUGAAUGUGUCUGCAUGCCAUACGACAUGUUCCCGGAAGAGUAUUGAUACAAAACCUGAAUUUCUGUACCAGUACCACAACUACAGUGGCCAGUUGCUGUGUAUUUGCUUAGUUUCUUGUUAAAUUAAGAACAUUUUGUUUUAACACCAUCUUUUUUUACUAAAAAAAAAAAGAUGGCGUUGAGAACAAGAUAUAUGCCAUAGAACAAGAUAUUGUGUUAUACAUUAUGAUUUUCAUUUUUGACAUUUUCUUUGUAGAGCAUCAUAAGAGAAAAUGAAACAAAUUUGU